GUAGCUGGAUUGAUAUUGCUACCAACGCAACUGGAGACAUAUUAAUACAGUUAUACACCGCCAUCUUGCGUAUAUAUUGUCAAAUGUGAACGAAUGUAGUGCAGAGAAUUUGUGUUUUGUGAUGUAAAAUAUUGAAAUCGUAGUGUUUGUACUUUAUUGUUAUUCAUGAUACUGUGAUGUGAGUAAAAAUUACAAAGAUGAGUGACGUAAAGCAAGUGAAAGUGGACAACUGGGGAAUAUACUUCCUUCAAAGGUUAAAGCACUUUUUUAACCGUACAGAUUAUUGUGAUCUUACGCUCCAAUUCCAGGAUAAUGCUCAACUCAAAGUACAUAGGUUAGUUUUAAAUGCUUGUACGGAAUACUUUGAGAUAUUGGAAAGAACAUGCGAGAUGUACGAAGAUUGUCUCGUUAUGCCGGACGACUUGCAAGCAGACGUUGUCGUGCCGAUAAUCAACUUUAUGUACACUGGACAACUAGAAUUUAAAAUGGAUUUAUUAGAAAAGUUGUAUCAAACAUCAAUCAUAAUGAAUAUGCCAGUUUUAACUAAACUCCUUGAUUCUCAUCGAACCAAAUCAUCAUCUACCAAUUUAUAUGGUAAACGUUAUAGUAGAAAUAGUGAAUCAGCAAAGCAAUCAUCUACAACAGCUUCUGUGAAUAACUCUCAACCAAAAAAACGCACCUUCUCUAAGGCAUUUGAAAAUAUAACUGAACCACAAAUCAAUAAAAAGCCUUCGUUAGUUUCUAAAGCAGAUGUUGUAAUGUAUAAUAGUGGAGUGUAUAAUGACUCUCCUGUUAAAACAGUAAUUAAGGAUCCAAAACCAACGAGGUAUGAAUUACCAGCAGAACUGGAUGAUGAUAAUAUUUUCGACAACUCUUUUACAAGCAUAUCAUAUACAUCAAAACCACUAAUGGUUCAUCCAGAAACCACUAAAUAUUAUUCACCAAAGAAAAACAGAAUCUUUGAUGAACCAUCAGGUUCUAAAAGAUUUUUGUCUGGAACAACAACAAUGGAUAUCGUUGAAUGCAGAAAGAUAUCUUCCAAUGAAAUGUUUGAAGAUGACAUGCAAGACAAUAUUCUUAUUGACACAGAAGAAACAUCUAUUAAGGAAAAGAAAGAUGCAAGCCAAUUGUUUGAUCAAAUAUUAAUUAACAAUGGACCAAAAAUGUCCAUUGAGACAAAAAAUAACAAACAAGCAAAUAAUUUAGAUCACGCAAAGAUUAUUAGUGAAGUUCUUAAAAAAUAUCCUCAUUUAGUCAAGAGUAACAAGAAUAUAAAAUUAAAGAUAUUGAACACUCCAACCAAGUCUAAAAAAGUUGAACAAAAACAAAGAGCCAAGUUGGAUAUACCAGACUUCACUUAUGAAACUGAUGUUGUUGAUUCUAAGGAAGCGGCGAGGCUAAUUGCCCUUGGUGCCGAAAAUAUCAAAGGUCCAUGGAUUUGUUUAAUUUGUGGUACUCCUGGAAGAGCACUACAUUUUACAAGUUAUUACAAUUAUCGUCGUCAUUUGGUAGAGGUGCAUAAUGAGAAACCUGUGUCGAAUAUUUGCGAAUAUUGUGGCUUGAAAUCAUUGAAGAGAAACUAUUUGCUUCACCAUCUCUAUACUAAGCAUGAUGUCGAACCACCACCAAAUCACAAUUUCCCUAAAUGCAAUAUUUGCAACUAUGUUGCUUUAACAGAUGCAUUUUUAGCAAAACAUAAACUCUCCCAUGCAGACAGCAAACACUUCCGUUGCACCGUAUGUUCCUCUACAUUUUAUACUACAAAGUUAUUGUUACAGCAUAUACAAAAAACAGGUCACAAGUAUAGUGGUGAAAAGAAGCCAGCUCCACAAUGCAUAUAUUGCUUCAAAUUCUUCACAAGAGAUAAUUAUUUAUAUGCUCAUCUAAAAGCUAACCAUUAUCAGGCAGCAAAGAAUGAUGGUAUAAUUGAUGAUUCUGAUGAAGAAAAGAGCUAUACAAAAUUAAACUCGGAAUCCAUUAAAAAUGAACCAUCAUCAAAGUACAUAGAAGUGGAAAUUCCAAAUUAUGAUGAUAGCUUUGGAAAUACUUCAUAUCAGCUUGAGCAGAAUGCAGAUGGCAAUAUUGAAAUUAUGGCGAAAAAGCCUCGAGUUAUAACUCCAAUCACUAAGAGCAAAAUUUUGAACCCUGGCUUUAGUAAGUUACAAACCUCAAAUAGUAAUCAAAAAGUUAAUAUCAUUAGAAAUACAGGUAAGAACGAUUUCUCUCAAUCUUUAUCUCAAACAAAGAAAGAAGAAAUAGUACUUAUAGACAAUAAUGAAUACAUUCUACAAGACUUCCAAUUAGUACCUAAACAAGAUAAGGCAAAUGCUAGCUUUAUGUCUGAUACUUAUCACACUGACCCAUUAGAAGCAUUACCAACAAUUACUUCAACUCCAGAGUAUUCCAAUGCUGAACAAGCUAAGGUAAUACUUAAGAAAUCUUCUAAUAUUAAUCAACCCAUUCAAAUAGUUGUAUCAAAUGAGGAAGAAUAUAAGGCAUUACUUUCAUCCCAUCAUUCCAUUAUCUUUGAUAAUGGUGAUGCUAAUAAAGCUAUGACAGUAUUGACUACACCAAAUACAUCUGUAGGUAAUACAAUUCAUUUAAACAAUUCUCAAGCAAAUGACAUGAUGAUUAUUAGAGAAAACUAUCCAAUUAACAUAACGGAAGCAAAUAAUUCUGAAAAUUCCAAUAUAGUUGUUGUAUACAGCCAUCCUGUUGACGAUCCAAACAAACAUUAUCAAUUAAUCACAACAUCACCAAGUAUGGAGGCACAGUAUGUGCAGCCAUCUGCUAUAAUUACACAAAAUUAUGAGACAGUAACAACAACUACUCCAAUAAUAGGCAGUCAUGAAGUUAUUAAUAGUGCAACAGUUGAUAAUUCUUGGCAAAAUGAGACACAUGAUAACACUUUACCAAUUCUUAAGUCAUCCGAAAUACAGAUAAUCUCCCAUACAGACCCAUCAAAAGUACAUCAAGAUAAUGAUACUGAAUUAAAUGAAUUGCCUGAAGUCGAAUUAGCACCACAAACUGUUGAACAAGUGCAUGUUCCUGAACCUCUACCAAGUUCAGAAACAAUUGUUACACAAAGUAACGAAAUUGUUGUUGAUACAGAGCAAAAUAAUAUAAGUCUAACUGAAAUAAUUCCCGUGUCUACGUUUGAACCGACUCCUAUGAUAUCAGCCAAUACCAUAUCUUCCAUUAACAACAUUAGUGAACCAAUGAUGGUUGAUUCCUUUAAAGAAGUUAUAGACAAUAUAGAACAACAGCCUGCUAACAUUGUAGAACAACAGCCUGCUAACAUUGUAGAACAACAAUCUACUAUUAGCACUGACGAGACUGGUACACCAGAUAUUUCAAUGGUGCCAGUGGUAGAAGCACAAACAUUACCUCCACAGUCAACUGUCAUAAAUACACCUUUGAUAGAAACAUUAUCAGAACCGUGUGAUGAACAAAGCACUAUUAGAACUGAGGUCAUAAUGGAAGUACAAAAAGUUCAGUCUGACUCUAAUGUAAGACAUGAACAGUCUACAGAAAAAUAUGAAGAGACUUGUGAUACAACAGAAAAUGAUAAUAGAGAGGAUGAUGAAGAAACAAUUGAAAAUAUUGCAAGGGUAAUUGGUGUAGACCCAGAUACUUUAGCACCAACAGAGAAUAACAAAGAACCACUAAAUGGUGAAGUUAUUGUUGAAAAACCUAUUGUCAAAGAACAAAUUGCAAACUUAACAUCAGAAUGGUCUGAGGAUGAAACUGACACUCCACCUCAGACUGUUAAUAAUACUACGGAAGAAUGUAAUAAUAUUCCACAAGAAACUGAAAAUCAAGAGCCAGAAGAAAUAACAUCUACAGAAACUGAACCAGUUUUACCAAAUAAUGAUAAUAUUGAAGAGAAAGCUGAUGAAAGCAUAGCACCUCAAGAAAAUAGUAUGCCUAUUAUUGAAGAAACAAAUUUUUGUGAGACAACUACUCCAAAAGAGAUAGUUACUGAAAAUACUACUGUACCACAAGAGAAAAUAUCUUCAUUGCUAAAUGAUUGGGAGGAUAAUGAUUCUCAAGAUGAGAAUAACACUGAAGAUAUUACAUCAAUUCCCACAGAAGUAAUAAAGAACACCACAGAUGUGGUAAAUGAAACUAUUACUGCAAAAGCAGAUCCAAAACCUGAUAUAAGAAAUCUUGUGAGUGAUUGGGAUGAGGAUGAUGAAGAAGAGAAUAAGGGAUGAUUUAAUUUGUUAGUAUAAAGAUAUUCAAAAGUAUGUAUGUAAUAUGUAACAUAUUGAGCAAAUUUAUGUUUAAUACUAGAAAAAUGUCCUUGAAGUUGCCUUUUUUGUAUGAAUAUUAGAUAUUAAGUGUACUCAGUCAUUGAAGCACUUGAUAAAAUUGGUCGAAAUAAUUUCAAUUAUGGUAUGAAUUACUUUUGUUAAGAUGAUUGGCUGCAAACUAUAUAAAAUUAUGUUUUAAACUAUAAGAACUGAAAAGAAUAUAGUUAUUCUUUUAAUUUACAUGUGAACCUGCAAAAAUUUAUAUGUGCAUAAUACCUGAAGAAAUAUUAUCUUACUUGAAAGUAGAUAUUUAUAAGAUUUAUUUUUUAUUUUAACUUCAUUUAUAUGUAUUGUAUAUUGAUUGCAGAACACUUAGACUAGGAACUACAAUUUUACUAGAUGUAUAAGAUGAUAAUCUCGCUAAAAAUAAUGUGUAAUGUGUGUUAGUUAUACUAUACAGUUUAUAUGAUAUAUCACAAGCAUCUGUAAAUUGGCCUAUAAUUUUUG